AAUGUGUUGAAUUGUAAGAUAUCAAAUGAAGUUUAAAACUAUACUGUAUAAGUUACUGUAUUGCCAAAUAUAAUCUUUAAAUACAAUAUUUGUAUUUUGUAACGAAAAUUAGCACAAAACAAUACUUUAUUUAGAAAUAAUAAUUUCCAGAAUAUGUGACCGAAUGGUGUGUUUAAUAGGAAUGUGUUGUCGCUAUCAAUGAUAGAAAGUCUACGGGAAGUAAUAGCCGACAAUCCGUCACUUCGAUGUGUUGUCAUUAGCUCUAAUGGAUCCGUCUUCUCGUCGGGACACGAUCUCAAAGAACUGGCCGAUAGAGUGAAGACAUACCAGUUCUUUGAGAUCGUGUCCCGACGAGAAGACGGAUCCAUUAGAGCUAAUGACAACACAUCGAAGUGA